GGAUGGUGGGUGGGACAUCAGCUGAAUUGUAGGACUGACUCAUAACCAGUGGCAGAAGGGGCAUCCGGCAGAUCAGAAUGACAGUAGGCGCGUGACACCCCCAUGUCCCCUCUUUCCUACUUCUGAUUUCCUGUGAAAGUGACUAAAAGUCUUGCAAAAUAAACCACAGUGAGCGUUCUUGAACACAGAGAGCCCUACUGCUGCCCAACACGAGCCUCUCCCCUAGAAGAACCAGGUGGCCUGGGGGGGGCACUGGAACAUUCCAGGCUUCCCCCUGCUCCUGUGCCGAGGGCGGAUCGCGGAGCUGUGUCUGCCUGGCUGUCAGCACAGUGGGCUGGUGAUUCAGCCGUGAGGUGGGUGUGCAGCCGCUGGGGUCUGCGUCACCCACCGAGGCUGACACUGGGGCACUGCUUCAGGUCCCCAGCACAUGCAGCUGUCCUUGAGGAGGGGUGCUGUGCCUGGAAAGGGGGACUGAGGUCUGUGUUGGGGCAGAAGAUGGGUGUCUGCAGGAACCGAAGACGCCGACUCUGCCCGUGUUCCACUGUCCUUGCUCUUUGUGGCUCGGUGACUGCGGAGCACUGGGAAACUCUGCCAGGCACAUGCAGGAGCUUCGACUACGGCAAAGGUUUCCCCCGCACGCUGGCGGGGUAGGAGGCUGGAGCCACUUCCAGGCCAUCCCACUAGCCUGGGCCUCUGUUGACCCCUGGAGCGAGGCAGUCUAAGUGGCCUUGCCUCUUGGCAAGUCCAGUGCCUCGUACAUGCAAUGCGUUCUGGGGUUUGAGAUUGAUGCUGUGAACUCUGUCCAGUUUUCAAACCACACAGGCUACGCACACUGGAAGGGUCAAGUGCUGAACUCAGAUGAGCUCCAUGAGGUGUACGAAGGUCUGAAGCUGAACAAUGUGAAUAAGUAUGACUACGUGCUCACGGGGUACAUGAGGGACAAGUCCUUCCUGGCCAUGGUGGUGGACAUCGUGCAGGAGCUGAAGCAGCAGAACUCCCAGCUGGUGUACGUGUGUGACCCGGUGAUGGGCGACAAGUGGGACGGCGAAGGCUCUAUGUACGUUCCGGAGGAUCUCCUUCCUGUUUAUAAAGAAAAGGUCGUGCCGGUUGCAGACAUCAUAACCCCCAACCAGUUCGAGGCUGAGUUACUGAGUGGCAGAAAGAUCCACAGCCAGGAAGAAGCCUUAGCGGUGAUGGACGUGCUGCACUCAAUGGGCCCCGACACUGUAGUCAUCACCAGCUCUGACCUCCCUUCCCCCCGGGGCAGUGACUACCUGACCGUGCUGGGGAGCCAGAGGAUUCGGCACCCUGAUGGCUCCGUGGUGGUAGAACGCAUCCGCAUGGAUAUCCGCAAGGUGGACGCCGUCUUUGUGGGCACCGGAGACCUCUUUGCUGCCAUGCUCCUGGCGUGGACACACAAGCAUCCGAACAAUCUCAAGGUGGCCUGUGAGAAAACCGUGUCAGCCAUGCACCAUGUUCUGCAGCGGACCAUCGAGUGUGCAAAAGCCCAGGCUGGGGCAGGAUGUAAGCCCAGCCCGGCCCAACUGGAGCUGAGGAUGGUCCAGAGCAAAAGGGACAUCGAGAACCCGGUGAUUGUCGUCCAGGCCACGGUGCUGUGAGGGCCUCGCGUUUCCACCUGCUGAUGCAGUGUCGGUGUCUCUGUCUUCAUCCCUGUGAACAAUGUAACGUCUGCCUUAGAGCUGUGACCGAAACUUGACAUUUCUUUUCUUUCCUGAGUGUCCAGCACCAGCUGGUCUUAAUUGUGAAAAUGUGCCAGUCGUGCUUUUUAAAAAUAACAAAUUGAUCACAGAAAUUUGUCACCUGGAGACCCGGCUCCCCUCCCCCACAAAGGCUCCUGGGUCUCCCUGGAAAACCAGCUCUGUGGUCACCCUCUAGCGGCAUCCUCCCCAGCUGGGGGGGGCGGGGUCCGUGGUGGGAGGGGACAUGGGCUCCCCCCAUUGCAUGGCCCCGGUGCAGCAUGGGCUGGGCCUGGGGGUGGCCGAUCUCCAGUGUCUCCGAGAAAGAGUUUGGUGUUAACCAUUCGAAUCCAGUCAAAUUAGGCCGAAUACCUUUGUUGUCAUUCUGACUUUCCCCUCUCGGUUCCUCCUUCAGGACUUUGGUUCACUUUGCUGCUCGGUAGGUUGGUGGGCAUUUCAGAAAUCCUGCGUCCGUUUCAUCGUGGGGACAGGUUGGUGCCAGCUGGCCCAGACACACACGGGCCUGCACAGUCACUUUGGCAGGGACCUUCCAGGCAAACCCAAGUCUACAAAUCUGACGGGUAUCAGCGGGACCGCCCGGUGACUCACAAGUGUCUCUAGGGACCUGCUGAGUGAGGUGCAGAGAUGCCAGGAAAGGGAAGGCUGGUGUGGGGCCAGGGGUGUCUGGGGAGAUCCCAUGCUGGGUUCCUUUGGAAAACUCACCCAGUUUAUGGUACAACAGCUUGAGUAGCAUGUGUUUGCCACCUGCUGCUGAUGACAAACACAUCGUGCCACAGAGUUAGUGUGCAGACGGCCCGGAGGGCAGAGGUGGGCUCCCGCCCCCACAGUGGGCACAUUCCGCCCCAAGGCCCUGCUGUCCACUGCCAGCACGACCUCCUUGGCUCCACUUGCCCAGAAUUUUGAGGUACCCUGGGCAUGGCUACAGGCAGGGGUGCCCAUCCUAAAGACAGCCUGCCUUGAUCUCAGCUCUCUGGGGGGCAGAAGUUUGCAGCUCCUGAGAGCCCACAGCCUGGAGGGGACGGGGAGAUGCAGGACAUGGGGGUCCACAUGUGGCCCCUGGGAAAGAAAACUGUCCAAGGGGAGCCCUUGUCUCGCCCCAGUUCCACCCUCAGGCAGGGCCCGCACACUUCCUCAGUUGCACACUCUCCACUUUGUAGAAAAGCCCUAAAAGAGGAGGUGCCACUCUUCGUUGAACUCCAUCCCCACUCUGUUCUCUUUCUGUCCCCACUCACUUCUGUUGUCUUUUUUUUUGUGGUGGUACGUGCCCCUAGUGGGAACUGAACCCGGGACUCUCUGGUCCACAGGUUGACGCUCAACCACUGAGCCAAACUGACCAGGGCUCCCCACUCACUUCUGAAUGUCUUCACUCGCGGUGGCCUGUGCACAGGGUCUCUGUCCCUGUCAUGUUUCUUGGUUCCGAGGCCCAGGCUCAGCGCCAGGGCAGAGCCUGGCCCCCUGGUCCCCGCAGGGCCCACUGGACCAGGAGUAGCCUGCAGCCCAACAGGGUGCACGCAGGCCCCAUCCAGAGUCACCCAGGGCCCUGGGCCUGCGCAGCGCCUUUAAUGGAAAAUGCUGCCACCGCCAAGUAGAGCCAAUGAGAAAUGGUCUUUAUUCCUUUUUUUAGUUCAAUAUCAAGAGCCAGUAUAGGGCUGGGAAAAGAAGCCAAACGUAUCUGUCUUCCACGCGAUGGUGAAAACCCACCCGGGAAAUACGGUCUGGGGUGCUGGGCUCAUCCCCUGUCCAGAGAGCUUGAAGGGACGUGCGCCCCCAAACACCGUUCGGUUCUGGUUCUUCGGUGUUAUUGCAGAGGCUGGGCCCCUGGGAGGUUUCACUGUUCUGCUUCCCUGCCUUCUACACGGAGCGACGAGGCUCACCCCACCCCAAGGCUUCUGGGCAGCUGCGGACCCAGGCGCCCCGAGACUCGCUCCUCUGUGCCCUUUGGCUGUAAAGCCCUGGCCACCAGGAGACGCGGCUGAGCUAAGAGAAGGAACUUGGGGAUCCUGAGAUCUUCUGCAGGGUGUGGGGCUCCCGUGGAAACGUGAGCUUCCGCGGGAAGCCGAGCCCCGCGCUCCCACACCCACGUCGCUGAGCCUGUGCAGUCUGGGCUCGUCUCUCAUUCGCACGUGCUGUCUGUCACGCAGCCGGCCGCCUCUGCAGUGUCCCAUCCAGACGUCAGCCCUGGGCCCUGGCAGUAGUUUUUCAUACAGGUGGGGUCCAAAUUAGAAUUGAUCUUCGUUUUCAUUUUAUGUAACUUAGUAACAUGCAACAUGAUAAUAGUUUUUGUUAAUGUGGAAGAGUGUUGUCAGAGUGCAGAUUUCUAUUUUUCCCGUGGGUCAGACCUCCCCUGUGGACCUUACAUACGAAUUAUAAAGCUGGGAUGUGGAUCCCUGUUUUUAACCAGUCUUAAGUCGUCGCCAAGUCCUGCUGAGGUAAUCGUGUUAGAGUGCGUCACUUUUACAGUACAUGUCAGUGACGGUGACACCGAUGCUCUGUGGUCCGUUCUUACACUUGUGGGUACCGGUUUUUAAAAGUUUCACUUCCCAGUGGACGGAGCCUGCUUGGUGCACCUGCUCCGAGUAAGUGGAAGGAGUUUUCAGUGUUGAGAACACAGGCCACAGCACACUGCCUGCCCCGUGCUGCCGGAGCCCCAUGGAACAGCCAGCCACCUCCCCGCCACCACCAGCCACGUGAGAGGAGCACAUGGGAGCAGCAGGCCCCUCCGCGAGGCCCGUUGAUGCAGGAUCCUUGGCUGUGGGAGGAGGCAGGCUGUGCGGGUGAGCGGACAUGAGGCGGCUGGGAUGUGGAUGUCCGGGGACCGCUCCUGUCCCUGCUUGAACCUUAUGUGCACCCCUCAGUUGUAAUGUACACAGAAGGAGGCAAGCAUAUUCUGGCCACUGGACCUCCACUGUACGCACACUCUCCUUGUCCUUCCUGCCCUUGGAUGGGACCAACCUGCCUGCCUGGGUGUCAGGGCCACAUCUGUGUGAAUCAGAGACGCUGCGUGGCUGGCCUGUGUUCAGUGCCCGAAUACCCAGGAAGCCCUGUGCUCCCUCUCUGCCCGCCCGGCCUCUGGCGCCUUUGUGCACAGCCCCCCUGGGAGCCCCCCUGCCAGUACCUGCCUGGGCUGGACGGCGGGGAGGGGAGUUUGUGGGUGAACGGACUGGAUUACGUGCAGGUGGGGACAUUGUAAGUGUGGCCUGGCGUCCGGAGUCUGGGUGGGAGCCACGUGGCCCCCAGAUUCGAUUUUGCCCCCCAAUAGAGCAGUGCUACUGAGCCCACCUGUUUUCAUUCCACACCACCUCCAGCUGCCAGGCUGCAGGGUUUUCCCUUCUCGUCAUCCUGUAAGGCUCUGUGCAUUAGGACUCCCUGGAGAGCCACUUCCUGUGUCCCUGCAGGGAGCAUGUCGGGUGUGCAAGCUGAGGGGGCACUCAGAAGGACCCCCAGCCCCGGGGAGGUGGCUCUGGGAGGUUAGGUCCCCUGCUCUAAGCCAGGGAAGCCCUGGACUUGGGCCCAGUUGGUCUGGAGGGACAUCAUCCCCCAGGACGCCUACUGCCUGCGGUUCUGCCCAUGAGCACUGGUCAGGCUGACCUGGCAGCACAGUGACCGAGGGCCAGCAGCUGUGUGGCUUUGGGCCUGUGCAGAGUUGGUGGGUGGUGCUGCAGUCAGUCACUUCGUGACAGGCGCAGAGUCGGGUACCUGGCAGGUCUGCAGGUGAGGGGAGCAUCAUGAGACCCUGUGUGUUUUUGUAGAGACGGUUCUGGUUUCAAGAUACAGCCACGCACUUCCAGCCUGUGCCAGUAGGGGGAGACAGCAGAGGGAGGGGAUGGUGGGCUGGGAGGGGUCCUUGGCCCCACCCUAGUAGAUUGCAAGCAUCAGCUCUGCUUCUGAGGGGUUUCUUUCCUGUAAAAGUCUUUCUCUGUCCAGUGAUGGCCACCAGGCUUUGUAGUCUGCGCUGAUGCACAGAGGUGGGGUUCCCGCAUGUGUCCCAUCCCCCGCUGUGCCCCAGAGGCUCCUCCCGGCAUCAGCCACCACCACCAUCUGGAAGCCCCCCCAGAGGAAAGCUGCCACGCGGGGGGCUCACAGUUCUCGCAGUGCCUGUGUCUUCUUGUGGAUGUCUGCAGUUUAUUCUCAGUGCAAAGUGUUUUCUGUUUUAACCGAUUAAAAAACAAUGUCUUACAAACACAUUCCUGCCUUUCAUUAGAGAUUUGAGCUCAUAACACAUUGUUCGUUCUGUUCGUAAGACAGAGAUCAACGAGUAACUUUAGGUCUGCCUUAGAUAAUAUUUUAAAACUAUAUUAAUGGAAGGCCCUUCGUAGAAUUUUCUUUUUAAAUGCUGGCAGAGUAAACAGGUGUUUUAAAACCUUGUCCACUGUCCAAGCCAAGCAGAGCCCUGUGCCCACCUCCGCCCCUGCUUCGAGGUGGCGGGGAGAGCUUCACCGCGGCGAUGGAGGGAACCCCCAACCUGCAGCUCCCCUGUGCCCGGCCCCACCCCACAGUGGCUGAGUUCUGAUCUUUGUGGAGCAGGAAGCCCCUUCUGCAGGACAUGACCUUCCGAGGCCACGGGUCACUGCCAGCCGGCGGGAGAGUGAGGGCCAGCCCUUCCCAGUGGUGCCAUCCUGAGCCCACACGCAACCCUUGUCUUGGUGAUGGGAGGUGUGGAUAUUAAUAUUUAGGAAACUGGAAAGGAAUUCUUAGUCUCCAUGCAGGCCAGGGGUGUUUUGAAUGCUUUUAAUGCUGGAGCUAUGUACCUUCUAGUUUAACAUUUUAGUUGGCAUUUCACCCAAUGAUUGCAAAACGGGACGAACAGGAGGACUGAGGUGCUGACUCGGAGCCCCGCUGAUGCCGCCUCGGUCCCUCCUGGAAAGGAGCUUGGAUUCUCGAGGCUUCUUGGGAGGUGUGGUGCAGCUUGGGAGCAAAGCGCGUGGCCCUGGGUCCCAGCUGUGAGCGGGACAAUCUCUAUGAGAUUCAGACAGUGGUUCCGUCAGCCCCGUGGUGGCCAGCCCAGCCCAUCGUGGACACGUGGACGUGUUUGUGACUGUGACCCACCCGUCAGCACUGUAGAGGCCUGUCUGUGCUGUCCUGUCAACCUCUGACCCCACAAAUAAA